AACCAAUCGGUACACACUGAUACAUACCCGAGGCAGGUGCAGUUACAUAACUUGUGUUGCCAGUCAGUACAACCCAUAUACAACACAGAUACAACACACGUACAACACAGGUAAAGCAGGAGUACACUGACUGACGGACAGGUAAAGGAACGUCGCAUCAUGUCGGGACGCUGGAGGCUCCUGCUGUUGGUCGCAUGUCUUGUAUCCCUUCCCACCAUCUCCUCCACGACAUGGCAUGAUGUCAUGUUGGACAGCUGCGGCUCUGACGUCGACCUCCUCUUCCGCGAAGCAGAUGACUACACUGGGGUUGAGACGAAAUGCAGAACGUUGCGGACAGUGUUCCUGUGUGUUCAGAAGAAGUCGUUUGAGAACCGUGAGACGACGUUUGGGUGGACGUUCAUGACGAACACGGGGCAAAUGGACGAAAUGAAGAAGAUGAUCAACGACACUUGUACGUCAAUCACGCUAUCUCCCACCCCAGGUUUCGCCGAGUCCCUCGUGCUGUGUGUGGUGUACACGAUGCAGGCUGACUUCAGGACGUGCUACGUACGGGCGGGUCUCCAACCCAGGGAACACUUCACGGAGGAGUACCUUUCUCAACACUGUGAUCAGAUGGACAGCGUUCUCACCUGUAUGAGGCAGCGACUACUGAGGUGCCCAGAUGAUGACUACGUACAGCCCCAGGUCGCGGGGGUAAGGGUGUGGCGACUCCAGCUUUGGGAACACUGUCCAACUCUGCCAGCAUCCGGGUGGAUCACGGAAACCGAUGCAAACAACGUCGACUACGACACGGACUACGGAACAUCCUCGUCAUGCAGGGACAGCCGGGUCAUUGUAGGACUUCUUGCUGGCAUAGUCACUAUACUCUGUAGCUGUUGGACCCCCUAUUAGGCUCUCUACAAGACACUCUAUAAAACAUUUCAUAGGAGAUUCCAUUACAGGCGCAAAGUGUGGUCAGACUUCUCAAGUGCCUCAAUUUCUUGUGAUGAGUUGCGUCCCUUACGAGUGCCAGCAUCCUAUGAUCUUGAGUUCAAUUCCCGUACUCGCCCUGAUUAUGUUCCUAGGUUUGUCAGCACUAUAUCCGUGCUCGUGGUUUCACCAAACUGGCAAAUGUCUAAGACAAUCAUCACUGUGCGUUUUCCGUCCAAGUCCAAAUCAAGGUGAACCGCCGUAAUAUGACUGAGUACCGAGAGUAGAAUCAGGGACCGUAAUUUGUCAGUCCUUGAAAAUUUGAUCGACUUCGUUCAACGCCAAUGUGUUAACUCUACUUUUAUGAUAUAGACCGAUCUAACAGUUAAUAAAAUAUAUGCAUUACACAAA